AUGUCUGGAAUCCUCGAUGGAGAUCUGUUCUCGGCCGUUGCCGAACGCAAGAUGGUCCGCUCGACACGAGUUUCAAGCUGGGAUCAUACAGGGAACAAUAAUGACCAUUUUGUCAUCCAACCUGGCGAAACAGCAGUGCUUGCAGACCUUGAGGGUCCCGGGAAGAUCACGCAUCUCUGGUUUGUACAGGCCUGUCGUCGCAUGCUCGGGCCAGGCCUCGUCAACUAUGCUAAGGCCGGUUCCUUCAUGUCUGAGACCCCGGGCACCUCGGGCCUAAGCUACGAGGAUAACGAUCCCGAUUAUUACCGCAAGGUCCUAAUCAAGAUGUACUGGGACGACUCAGAGACUCCCAACGUGCUGGCUCCCCUGGGUGAUUUCUUCUGCAUUGGUCACUCGCUGACGUCCAAUUUCCAAUCUCUUCCAUUCACUGUCUCUGCCAGACCCGAAGAUGACAAGAAGUUUGGUGGCGCGGCCGCCCUGAACUGCUACCUGCCCAUGCCUUUCAACAAACGCGCUCGUAUCGAGGUGGAAAACCAGGGUGAGAACUCGCUCAUCCAGUACUUCUACAUUGACUAUGAGCUGCGCCUCAAGCCAUUUGACCCCAGCAAGAUCCUCUACUUCCAUGCCCAUUGGCGCCGGGAGAACCCUACUCAAGGAUGGGCGCCGCCGGAGAUGCAAACCAAUAGUCCCGAGACAAAUGUACCCAACCUCGAUGGCAAGGACAACUAUGUUCUACUUGACACCACCGGGGCAGGAACAUAUAUCGGCUGCAACCACUCUGUUGCCCACUUCCAGGGCUCAUGGUGGGGUGAGGGUGACGACAUGAUCUUUAUUGAUGAUGAUACCUGGCCACCAUCCAUCCACGGUACUGGUGGAGAAGACUACUUCUGCAUGGGCUGGGGCAUGCAGAAGAAUGCCUACCCAUUCUGCGGCUCAAUUCUGCACGAGAGUGAAGUGCCGAACUACCAGGUCUCCUAUCGCUGGCAUCUGCCCGACCCCGUCCGCUUCAACAAGAAGAUCCGUGUGACAAUGGAGCACGGACACGCCAACCACUUGAGUGACGACUGGUCCACGACUGUGUACUGGUACCAGACCCUGCCGGGCCCCAAGCUGGAUAUCCUGCCCGUGCAACAACGUCUGCCUCGCAAGCCGCAGUUCCCUCCUUACGAUACAACUAUGGACGCACCAAAACCAAAAGAAUUGACGGAGCUCCAAAAGAAGAUGAUUGUCCAGCGUGAGGAGCGUUUCAGGGAAUUCUUGAAGGAUCACAAUGAGUUGCUCGAGGCUAAGGCAGUGGAAAGCAGAGAACGUGCGAAGAAGAAUAUCGAACUGGCAAGGGAGGUUCGACGGCGGUUCCUGGCGGGUACUUGGAAUUAAGUGCUCUACAAACUGUCUUCGUCAGUGUUCAACUGCGAGGAAUGAAUGUAACUGUGUAUGGGUCUAGAGAGACAAUUUGCUUUCCAGGAUUGGUAUUUGCUGGCUAGAUCGAUUUCCGUUCAGCAUCCUUCCCUCUGCUAUUCCCGCCGUUCCUUUACAUUCAUUCAUAUAUUGAGAAGUUACUAUAGCCGUCCUCUUCCGCUCCGAGUAGUGAGAUACUUCUGUGGCUCAGUCAGUCACCAAGGAAGACGCUGUGGGGGUUUCGAGCAAGUAUAUCAAGCUGCUUGGCCUCCCCUUCAUCUUCCUUCUUUAUCCCCUCCCCCCAGCUCCUCACCAGAUACCAAUUGAU